GGAGCGUGCCCCUUACAGUGUGACUGUGUCAGGUAUGUUUAUGGAUACAUGUGGGAGCGUGUCCCUUACAGUGUGACGGCGUCCGGUAUGUUUAUGGAUACAUGACAGCCCCUUUAUUAGUGACUGAUCUUGUGCUGUUCAGCCCCAUCCUGUGUACACAAGUAUAAACCCGCCCUGUGGAGAACUGCAGUUUCGUUUCUGUCUUCCUCUGUCAGCCGCACCCUAUGUGCACACAUGUGUAAACCCGCCCUCUGGAUUUUGAACCUCAGAGAACUGAAGUUUCGUUUCUGUCGUCCUCUGUCAGCCAUGGCGUCUGCUGAUCUGAGAGCUGAGCUGGACUGCUCCAUCUGUCUGCAGACCUAUACAGAUCCUGUAAUGCUGAGAUGUGGACACAACUUCUGCCGGGUCUGUAUUGAUCGUGUACUGGAUACACAGGACGAGUCUGGGGUUUAUACCUGUCCUGAAUGCAGAGAAGAGUUUCAGGCGCGGCCUGCACUGAUGAGGAACUUAGCUCUGCGUAACAUUAUGGAGAAUUUAUUGGUUACUCAACAUAAAGAGACGGAAACCGGGAUCUGCUGCACUUACUGUGUGGACUCUCCUGUACCUGCUGUUAAAUCCUGUUUACACUGUGAGGCUUCUCUGUGUGAGAAACACCUGAGAGUCCACAGCAAGUCAUCAGAACACGUCUUAUCUGACCCCAGGACUUCCCUGGAGAACAGGAAAUGUUCUGUCCAUAAGGAAGUCUUAAAGUAUUACUGCACCGAGGACUCUGCUUGUAUCUGUGUGUCCUGCAGUUUGGCUGGAGAACAUCAGGGACACCGGGUGGAGAUGCUGGAUGAGGCCUCUGAGAAGAAGAAAGGGAAACUGAAAAAUAUUCUCCAGAAACUGACUACAAAGCGAGAGGAAACUGAGGAAAGAGUCCAGAACCUGGAGGAACGCUGGAGAAAAGCUCAAGAAAAAGCAUCUGGAGAAGCAGAGAGGAUCACUGCCCUGUUUACAGACAUCAGGAGACGACUGGACGACCUGAAGAAGAGGGUCCUGAGUGAGAUCUCCAGGCAGGAAAUGGACGAAUCACUCUCAUUCUCUUCUCUGAUCCAGAAGCUGGAAAUAAAGAAGGACGAGCUGUCCAGGAAGAUGAGACACAUUGAGGAGCUGUCUAACAUGACCGAUCCACUGACUGUCUUACAGGAACCAGACAGAGGUGACUUGUGUGAUCCUGAGGAGGAAGGAGGUGAUGAGGACAUAAAUAGAUGUCUCCAUGAUGUAGGUUAUCUGGAUGUGGCUGUGAUCUCAGACAAAUUACACACAUUAUGUGACAUAAUAACAGAUAUAAGGAGAGGGAUCUAUGUGGAGGGUCCUGGAGACAUAUUACUGGAUGUAAACACAGCUGCUAAUAAUGUCUUUAUAUCAGACGACCUGAAAACUGCAACCUGGUCACAAAAUAAGCAGAAUCGGCCAGAAACAGCAGAGAGAUUCCAGAAUUAUCAGGUGAUGAGCAGCAGGAGAUUUACCUCAGGGCGACAUUACUGGGAUGUGGAGAUUAGUGGAUCAGGGGGUUGGAGGGUGGGAAUGUGUUAUCCCGGUAUAGACAGGAGGGGGCGUCAGUCAUACAUUGGAGAUAAUACCAAGUCCUGGAGUUUGAGGAGGUAUAAUAAUCAGUCUUCAGUGAGACAUGACGGUAAAGAUAUCCAGUUACCUGACGAGAUCUCCAGUGAUAGAGUCAGGAUAUGUCUGGACUACGAGGUCGGGCAGCUGUCCUUUUAUGAGCUGUGUGACCCCAUCAGACACUUACACACCUUCACUGCCGCCUUCACCGAGCCCCUUCAUGCUGCAUUGUAUGUAUGGAGCUGUUCGAUAAAGAUCUAUGGUGGGAGGUGAAACCUGCCAAAAAUAAAAUGAUAACGAAAAACAUGAAAUUCUAAUUCAAAUCCCAAUUUGACAUUUCAUUUACAACCCAUGUCUGCAAAAUGCCUGCCAAAAUGAAAAGUAAAAUGCAUUUCUUCCCUUUGGAUUUUCAUUCCCAGCUCCAGUGUGGGUAAUAUGUGGCAAAAAUAAAUGUAAAAUUAAAUAGA